CCUAUGUCGGUUUAGUGAUAUUUUGGUGCAUCUUCGGUUUGACGUUACUUUUUUUAUCAACAAAUUUAUUCCAAUUGUUGAAAUAAUCGCUGGAAAAAGGUUCAGUAAAGUAGUGCAACCUCUAGCCACUACUCUUUACACCUUUUCUAGUCUAGUAUCGCCCCCAUGGAAGAGGCGGAAGUGACACCACCCCCUCCGCCGUCGAUGAAAAGUUCAUCGGCGUCGAACGAGGGCGAUUGGACGUGUCCAGACUGCGGUAAUGUGAAUUUCGCUCGUCGCAACAACUGUAACCGUUGUUACAAAAGUCGGGGGCCGGUAUCGGCGAAAAAACGCAAAUUGGGGCACGAAAUCGGUAAAGCGGCGGCUGAGAAAAGUAGAGGGUUGUUUAGUGCCGACGAUUGGCAGUGUAACAAAUGCGGUAACGUGAAUUGGGCGCGGAGGCAGCAGUGUAAUGUUUGUAACGCCCCCAAAUUUGGUGAGGUGGAAGAGAGGACGGGGUUCGGUGGGGGAUAUAACGAUAGGGGGGUGGUUGAAUAUAAAGAACACGAGUCUGACGAUGAAUAUGACGAAUUCGGAAGGAGGAAAAAGAAGAAAAAUGAGGAUAUUGAGAAAAAUAGUGUAGAUAAGGUGGAGAAGAAGGUUGCCGUUGAGGAGGAAGGGGAGGAACAGGAAGAAGACGAGGAGGAGGAUGACGACGAUGGAGACUUAUCAAAAUAUGAUUUGUCAGAUUGGGGUGAUUCUGGGGAAUCGAAUAGUAAACAAAGUAACUCACGAUCUAAGUCGAGGUCGCGGUCUCCACAUGAGAAAAAAAGUCAUUAGUUAAAUCGAAAAAUUUUAUAGACAUUUAGGUGAAUAAAUUUGCUUUGUAUGGUGGUAAAUUCGAGUUAGGUAUACAUAAUAAACCAUUACUUUUAUUAGUGCCUAAUUUACAUUCUUCUUCACUUGAAAAUCGAAUAGAUUUUAGCACCGUCUAAGUGAUUAACCAAAAAGUGUUAGUUUUUUUUUUUGUAGUUGUUACACUGUAAAAUAUUUAUCGUACACAAAUAACUCGUAAUAAUUGUAAAAUUACAAGUGACAACUAUGAAUUUUUUAAAUGAAGAUUAAAAAUAAUCUUGAUUCGAAUAAAUCGACAAAUGUUAAACUUGAGUCCUUUAGGGGGAUUUUAAUCUCAUUUUCUUGUUUCAGUGACUUCCUAAAGUUUUUAUUAUGCCAACCUAGGAGUUUCUUUAAUAAUUCCUAUAAGCAAUUAUGUAUGUUUACAAUAAUUAAAAUAAAGAUACAAAAACUU